CCGCGUGAGUGUAUAUGAGAGAGGGGCGGGCGGGCACGGGGCGGCGGGGAUGGCGGAGAAGCGGAGGGGCUCGCCGUGCAGCAUGCUAAGCCUCAAGGCGCACGCCUUCUCCGUGGAGGCGCUGAUCGGCGCGGAGAAGCAGCAACAGCUUCAGAAGAAGAGGCGAAAGCUGGGCGCGGAAGAAGCGGCCGGGGCCGCGGACGACGGAGGCUGCAGCCGAGGCAGCGGCGCCGGCGAAAAGGGCUCCUCCGAGGGAGACGAAGGCGCUGCGCACCCGCCGCCGGCUGGGGCGGCGUCCGGACCGGCCCGAAGCUGCGCAGACCUGGAGCGCCGAGCUGCGGGUGGCUGUGAGGACGCCUUCCUAGCGAGCGCUUCCCCGCUGGCUUCUCCGGGAGGCUCCCCGAAGGGGUCCCCCGCGCCCGCCCUAACCCGGCCCGGGACCCCGCUGCCCUCGCCGCAGGCCCCGCGGGUGGAUUUGCAGGGAGCCGAGCUCUGGAAGCGCUUUCACGAGAUCGGCACGGAGAUGAUCAUCACCAAGGCGGGCAGGCGCAUGUUUCCAGCAAUGAGAGUGAAGAUCUCGGGAUUAGAUCCUCACCAGCAAUAUUACAUUGCCAUGGAUAUUGUGCCAGUGGACAACAAAAGAUACAGGUAUGUUUACCACAGCUCUAAAUGGAUGGUGGCGGGUAAUGCUGACUCCCCCGUGCCACCCCGGGUGUACAUUCAUCCAGACUCACCUGCCUCGGGGGAGACUUGGAUGAGACAAGUGAUAAGCUUCGACAAGCUGAAGCUCACCAACAAUGAACUGGAUGACCAAGGCCACAUUAUUCUUCAUUCUAUGCACAAAUACCAACCUCGAGUGCAUGUCAUCCGUAAAGACUGUGGAGAUGAUCUUUCUCCCAUCAAGGCUGUUCCAUCUGGGGAAGGAGUAAAGGCAUUCUGCUUUCCGGAAACUGUCUUCACAACUGUCACGGCUUAUCAGAAUCAGCAGAUUACUCGCCUGAAGAUAGAUAGGAAUCCAUUUGCCAAAGGCUUCCGAGACUCUGGGCGUAACAGAAUGGGUUUGGAAGCCCUGGUGGAGUCGUAUGCAUUCUGGCGACCUUCACUACGGACUCUCACCUUUGAAGAUAUCCCUGGAAUUCCCAAGCAAGGCAAUGCAAGUUCCUCCGCCUUACUCCAAGGUUCUGGGAAUGGCGUUCCUGCCACCCACCCUCACCUUUUGUCUGGCUCCUCUUGCUCCUCUCCUGCCUUCCACCUGGGGCCCAACACCAGUCAGCUGUGUGGUCUGGCCCCGGCUGACUACUCUGCCUGUGCCCGUUCAGGCCUCACCCUCAACCGAUACAGCACAUCCUUGGCUGAGACAUACAACAGGCUCACCAACCAGACCAGCGAAACCUUCGCCCCACCGAGGACUCCCUCCUAUGUGGGCGUGAGCGGCAGCACCUCUGUGAACAUGUCCAUGGGCGGCACUGAUGGGGACACCUUCAGCUGCCCACAGACCAACUUGUCCAUGCAGAUUUCUGGGAUGUCCCCUCAGCUCCAGUAUAUCAUGCCUUCACCCUCCAGCAACGCCUUUGCUACUAACCAGACCCAUCAGGGUUCCUAUAACACUUUCAGGUUACACAGUCCCUGUGCCUUGUAUGGAUAUAACUUCUCUACGUCCCCCAAACUGGCUGCCAGUCCUGAGAAAAUUGUUUCUUCCCAAGGAAGUUUCUUGGGGUCCUCACCAAGUGGGACCAUGACCGAUCGGCAGAUGUUGCCCCCUGUGGAAGGAGUGCACCUGCUUAGCAGUGGGGGGCAGCAGAGUUUCUUUGACUCUAGGACCCUAGGAAGCUUAACUCUGUCAUCAUCUCAAGUGUCAGCACAUAUGGUCUGAUAAAGCCUUUAAGUUAAACUACAUUUGAAUCUGUGUAAUGUAUUUUCUUUCUCCUUUUUCUUUUUCUGUUUUUAAAAGCAAUAUGGAAAGAAACUAUCUGUAGCUUGUAAAAUGUACAUAUAAUAGAAUAUGAAGGCUCACUGAGUUUUUUGACUUUCUCAUGAUGAGAUUGUAAUUAUCUAUGGUAUAUAUGUAUACUGUACAUAAAAAGCAUGUGAAAUAUUGCAGCCUCUAUUCUUCCCCCCAGUUUGUCUAGUUGCACAGAGUAUUGGCAUACAUAUAGUAUGUUUAACCAAAGUUCUCUGACUCUUUUAAAAACAGAAUGGUAAACUUAAAACUUGGCAGUGAUACUAACCAGAUAAAGACUUAUAACUUAAUUUAUCAGAAAAAUGCUCUAAACAGUUUCAUUCUUGAGUGUUGAUAACCAGCAAUUACCAGCAUAUACAGUCUUGUAAUUUCUGUUAUUCUUGGACACAGUGUGAGAACCUAAAAUGCAAAAGCCAGUUGAAGUCUUAGUAUUAGCUCUGAGGUAUUUGUAAUCAUGAAGGAUUAACUUUUGCAUUCCUUUUGCUCUUAUUUACCACAGAUAUUAUAUGACCUUGGGCCUGUAAAAACUCAUAACCCGUAAUAAUUAUUAUUUUCUUAAGGUAAGUGGAGGAGAGGAUUGUGAUUUUUUUUCCCCACUUUUCACUGGGCAUAUAAAAGGUACUUACUCAUCUGCAGAGAAUAAAUUUCCAGUAUUUUGGAUUAUUUCUCAUUUCCUUUAGUUUAUCAAAUAGACUGUUAAAGAGUGUCCUAUAAACAUUUUUAAAUUCCAAUUUUCACCAGGAAAGAAAUACAUGAUAUGAAUGGAAUGGCAAAAAGAAAAUAAAUCCACCUCUUUGACUCUUACAAAGGAUGCCUAUCUUUUUAAAUCAAGAGGAAUAAUAUUGUAAACUAUCCCUUAGGUUUUUGUAUAGUUUGGUUUUUCAUUUAGGAUAUAUUUUUUUUCCAUCUUGCUUUGAGCUUCCUGACCUGUGGUCUGUAUGUAAGGAAAAAGGCAUUUAUGCUACUUAUUUAUGUCUCAUAACUCCUACAAAUUGAAACCUUUCCCUCUCUGUAACCUUGUCCCUCUGUCUGAAUCUUUCCCAAAACAGAUAAGUCCUAGGCCUUUAUGGUGUUAAAUAACGCUGUAAGGAAUUUCAGGGGGUUAUCUCCAGCAAUCUGUCUUUUGGGGGUUGUGGUGCAAAGGCCAAAGCCCAUUACCUCUUGGAGGACUAAGGAGGAAGAUACUAAUUAUGAUAAAGGAACUAUAAAACUUUUAACCUCAACAGCAUUUUUAACCUCGAGAACCGGAGACAUGAAAACAGCACUAAUUUUUUCUUAAAAUCCCUAAAAUUUAUACAUGCCUUAAGAGUUCAAAACAAGUAACUUUGAUAGCACAUUAUGAGAUAAAUAGAAAAGGCUAAGAACACAUGAGGAGGAGCAGUUCUCUUCUGUUGAGAAGCUCAAAUGAGGUAUUGCCUGCUCAUUGACUCAUUACAUUUCAUGUAUUUGCCAAGUGAAAAGAGCGGGAUUUCAUUUCAUUGCUGAACAGAAUUGUUCUAACUCAUCCUGAGGGAAAGGGUAUAUAGCUCCUGAUUUGCUUCUUUACUUUAAAGCAGCACGACUGUUAGAUAUUUUGGGGAAUACAUUGUUUGAACAGAAUUUGCACAGGAUAUGACUCUGUUAAUAGAAAUUGACAAAUUUCCUGGUGGAUUCUGUAGCAAUACAUCCAAUUCAUAUUGUUUUUUAAAUUUAAAAUUAGCCUGAAGGGACAUGAAAUAUUUGCAAUAGCUGUAUCUAUGUAAGGUGCUUGUGUAUGGUAUUAAUAGUUUGGUAAAGAUUUGGGAAAAGGCUUUGAGAAUGAGUCCAUGCCAGCUUUAGUGCUUGGUAUAAUUCAAGAAGAGUUUUCCAUUUGGAGAAAACAUGAAAAGUAAUCUCUGUACCAAAUGUAUUAGUAAGGUGAGCAUUUUCCUUUUUGCCUAUUGUUAAUUUGAGAUGAUACCACAAUACUAUUAGAAUUAAAUUUUUUUUUUUUUGGUAAAAUUUAGUAAUAUUGUACAAAUGCUGUUUCCCUUAGGUUUUAAUUUAAAUAUUAAUCACCAUGUCA